GCGUGUUUUAACAGGCGUUGAGUAUGUACAUCGCUUGAAUGAUCAACGGUUUUGCAGAAAGCGAAAGGAAACAUUGAGCAUUUUCUAUCCUGACCAAAACAAGUUCUGCUAGGUCACACCAUGACCUCUAUGACGUCACUGGACCUGGGUCUCACGGUUGCCUUCUCUGUGGUGGUGGUGGUAAAUCUCGUGGGAAACAGCGUGGUAUGCAUGGUUGUGUUCCGAUACCAUGGAAUGCGUGCGCCGGUCAAUUACCUUCUUGUGAACCUAGCAGCCUCGGAUAUCAUGGUGGCGCUGUUUAUCAUUCCAGUUUACGUCAUCAAAUGGGCGUUUCACCACCCGUCAGGUACUGCAGGGGACUUCUUGUGCAAGUUUAUCACUGGAGGGAGUUUCAUCUGGAUUGGUGGGGCUGCAUCAGCAUUCUCGUUGGUAGUUGUCGCUAUUGAGCGUUAUUUCGCUGUUGUUCACCCCUUUGGCGAACGUUGGCGACUCACAAAUUAUCGAUUGAUCUCGAUUGUAAUCUUUGGCUGGCUUUACGCCAUAAUCUUUAACCUGCCUCUGUUUUUUGUGAUUCGUUAUGAUAAACACGGAGUAACUCAUUGCCCAGAACACUGGCCGAAUGAACAUCUUGCCAAAGCUUACACCAUUGCUUGUCUUUUUGUCUUCGGUGUUAUUCCCAUGGGAGCCAUGGUUAUUUUAUAUUUAAAGAUGCUCAGCAAUCUCUGGAAAAGUGGAAAUCCUAGCAACUUAGGGGUCACGGAACGAGCGCGAAUCAGAUCGAGGCUGAAAGUGACAAAAAUGGUUUUCGUCGUGAGUUUAAUGUACAUAGUAUGCUGGUUACCUAAUCUGGUGUUUUACAUGUUGUCGAAGUAUGAGCCAGAAGAUUAUGCAUAUGGCUCGGUUCCAUAUAUCAUAUCAGUGAUACUUGUUGGCGUCAAUUCAGCCAUCAAUCCCUUCAUUUACGCUCUUCAUAGUAGUAACUUUCGCCAAUACAUAAGAGGAACCCUUUGUUGCAGAACAUUCCGGUCAGAAAAUUUUGUUGAUCCUAAGCUUUCUGCUUCCUUGUAACACCUCUGUUGCUUUUAAUGACCCUUAGUAUAUACCGGACAAGCGAGUAGUGCUUUCGCGCGCGAUGAUUGGCUAGUUCGAAAGUGAACAGCAAGUACUAUUCACCUCUGAGUAUUCGAAGAGACAAAACCGCUCGUCAAUAGUUUAAAUUCCGACCAUAUUUCGGUGUAUUGAGGGAAAUAAGCUAUUUUUUGGUAUCUAUGUGGUAUAAAAUAAAACAGUUAUUCGCGAGCAUA